AUGAAUGAUUUUCUGGAUCAGAAAGAAAAGGAAAAGGUUAGAGAUAUGAUGGUAAAGAGGAACAGGAAAAAGAAACUAUUACAAAAUAAUGAAGAAUCUGCUUCUCGGAACCAAGAACCAAUACAAAGAAUACUCCCUUCUGAAUCACAAAAUACCUCACUUUGUGAGAAUUCUACAACUAGGCACCGAGUUCAUGUCCUAAAGAAAACCCCAUUGAAAUCUAUCUUUAUUGAACAAAUUUCGGUCAUUCCUGCUGACAUAGAUCUACCUCCAGAAACUAAAGUAUGCAAAGAAACUUUAUCGGAAACAAAAGGUACUCCCUCUAUUCAAUCAUCUCAUACCUCUAAUUUGAUUGAUGAGAUAAGUAGGAAAGUCGAAUCUUUGCCUGAGGAAGAGGCUUUCACUCGAUUUCCUGUUAAAGAAGAAGAUAAACUACUUUUCCGUAAAAUAAUAGCAGAACAAGAGGAAAUGACAGAUAUUGUAAUGAACGAGUAUCGUUUUUUACUUCUUCAUGGUUAUAACUAUAAAGGCGGGAAAUUGAUACAUAUACUAUCGCUAUGGUUAUCAUUGUGUACUAAAAAAGACACUGAAAAAGUGUUAAUACCUAUAGAAGUCCCCGAUUCACGUAUCUUAUCAAGAAAAAUUCUGGCUCAUAUCGAAAAAAGGUUUGAGGAUCUUCCACUCGCACCAGUUGUUAUAGUUGAUUAA